UCUGAUGCGGAAGAGGUCGUCAUCGUUAGGCUGUGAGUUGGAAGGUCUGAUGUGUUAAAACGGGAAGAAAAUGUGCAGAGAUCCGCUCUGGCUUCAAUAGUUUGAAUGAAAGAAAGAGUUUCCUUGAAGAAUCAGUGGAAGCCUGAAGAUGUCGUGGAUAAAAGAAGGAGAAUUAAAUCUGCUUGAAAGGAUUUCUGCUAAUGUUCUGAAGGCGGGACCGAUGCCCAAACAUGUGGCCUUCAUCAUGGAUGGAAAUCGACGCUUCGCCCGCAAGAAAAACAUGGAGCGUCAGGAAGGACACAUGCAGGGCUUCAACAAACUGGCCGAGACGCUGCGCUGGUGCAAACAUCUGAACAUCCCGGAGGUGACGGUGUACGCCUUCAGCAUCGAGAACUUCAAGCGCACCAAAGACGAGGUGGACGGGUUGAUGGAGCUAGCCAGGCAGAAAUUCGAGAGGCUGCUGGAGGAGCGGGACAAUUUGGAGAAGCACGGCGUUUGUAUUCGCGUGCUGGGCGACUUAAACAUGCUGCCGCUGGACCUCCAGCAGCUCAUUGCCAAAGCUGUGAUCACAACCAGAGAUCACAACAAGUGUUUUCUCAAUGUGUGCUUUGCCUACACGUCGAGAUACGAAAUCACCAAUGCAGUCAGAGAAAUGGCUUGGGGAGUGGAGCAGAGCCUGAUCAAAGCCAGCGACGUCUCCGAGGCGUUGCUAGGCGAGUGUCUGUACAGCAAUAACUCCCCCAAUCCCGAUUUGCUCAUCCGCACCUCUGGAGAGGUGCGCCUCAGCGACUUCCUUCUUUGGCAGACGUCUCACUCCUGUCUAGUGUUUCAGUCCGUUCUGUGGCCGGAGUACUCCUUCUGGAACCUGUGUGAAGCGAUCCUCCAAUAUCAGUUAAAUCACAAAUCCAUCCAGAAAGCCAGAGAUCUCCAUCGAGAGCAUCAGGCCCUCCAGCAGCUGGAGGCAGACCGGGCCUGCGUGGCCGAGCACUUGCAGUAUCACGGGAACGGGAAGCCCGCCGACGCCCAGAGAAGACAGGAGGCGCUGCAGCGCUACACCGCCUGCCGGGAAGAACGAGUCCGAGACUUCCUACAAGCACUGAAGCACAAGAGAGACUCUUUCUUUAACGACUUAUGCAGCGAAGCCGUCUCGGCCUAGGGAGGGCUAAGGAAGAACAAAUCCUCCGUUGAAGCGGGGAUGAAACCUCUCCUGUCUUCUUCCCCAAAAAAAAGGGCUUCUGUGGAAAAAGACGGAAGAGCAACAUCAGGAGCCGUUUCAUCUUCACACGAGACCAGAGGGAAAUUUUACCCCUAUGGGGCUGUAGAGUAAUCGUGAUAUUUAUGAUUGUAGAUUUAAAAAAAAAAAGUCUAAUACGUGGAGAUGUCUGGUCAAGAUGUAGUUAAAUAAAUGUG